AUAUCUUCUUCUUCUUCUUGAUCUUCAAUUCACCAUCUCUUGUAAAAGUUCUUCCAACUACAAACCCAGCCCAAACCAAAGCUCAAUUGAUGGUGAUGAGUAGCAGUAGUGAUGAUAUUAUUAGCAGUAGCAGCACUAGUAGUAAAGAAAUAAAAGAUCGGAGAAUGUUUGUUGGAAUCGUGUGGAACUGCGCCGCUGAACUAAAACUAGUACUCACCGCUCUCCUUUUUCUGUGCUCAUUUGCCACCGUCCUCCAAUUCCUCCCUUCCCGGAGCUUUUUUCUAUCCCCUUCCGACCUCCGCCACUGCCUCUCCACCUCUACUUCUACUUCUCUUUCCAAUAAUACCCUCAGUACUCCCAAUUAUUCCUCAUCCUCCCCCCUCACCACCACACAACUGUUACUACACACAGAUCAGAAUCAGACGUUGCUUAACAGUAAUGGUGUGCUCAAGCGGGCUUUCAACCCCUACGGCUCUGCUGCAUACAACUUCGUUUUCAUGUCCGCCUACCGAGGCGGCCCAGACACCUUCGCCGUCGUCGGUCUCUCUUCCAAGCCCCUCCACCUCUACGGCAACCCUACCUACCAAUGCCUCUGGCUACCUCAUGACCACGACCCGAUUGGGGUUACGGCCGGUCUGAAGAUCCUCCCCGAUUGGGGUUACGGCCGGGUUUACACCGUCGUUGUCGUCAACUGCACUUUCCCUACCUCCGCCGGCGCCGAUGGAAAGGGCGGUCAGCUACUCAUCCACGCCACCACAAACGGAGGUGGCGACCGCAACAUAAACACCACCGACACCAUCCUUGCAUUGGAUGAAACCCCAGAAGAUUUCGCCAGGUUCAAAGAACAAUUCACAUCGCAGCCAAAGUACGACUAUCUCUACUGCGGGUCGUCUCUGUACGGAAACCUGAGUCCUCAGAGAGUGAGAGAAUGGUUGGCAUAUCAUGUGAGACUGUUUGGUGGGAGGUCUCAUUUUGUGAUACACGACGCAGGGGGUGUGCACGAUGGACUAAUGAAUGUGUUGAGGCCGUGGAUGGAGAAAGGUUUCGUGACUGUGCAAGACAUAAGGGAUCAGGAGAGGUUCGAUGGCUACUACCACAAUCAGUUCCUUAUAGUGAAUGAUUGCUUGCACCGGUAUAGAUUUGCUGCCAAGUGGUUGUUCUUUUUUGAUGUGGACGAAUUCAUAUUUGUGCCCAAGAAGAGCAACAUCAACUCCAUCUUGGAUUCACUCUCUUCUUUCACUCAGUUCACCUUUGAGCAGAUGCCCAUGUCCAAUAAGCUCUGCCUUUCCCAGGAUGCUCCUACCGCUUUCAGGAAAUGGGGAUUUGAGAAACUAGUGUACAAAGAUGUGAAGAGAGGUAUAAGGAAAGACCGCAAGUACGCAGUGCAACCAAGGAGUGUGUUUGCAACUGGGGUGCACAUGUCGCAAAACAUAGUGGGCAAGACAACACAUAACACAGAUGGGAGAAUCAAGUACUUCCACUAUCAUGGGACAAUUGCUGAGCGGCGUGAGCCAUGCAGGCAGUUUAUCAAUUCCACAGAAAUCACAGUCGACACUAUUCCUUACGUUAUGGAUACAACUAUGCGUGACAUUGCCGGAGCUGUUAAGAGAUUCGAACUCAAAAUGAUCGGCUCUGCAUUGCAAAGAACGAGGCAAUGACUUGUUAGUUAGGAACAGCGGGUUUUUUUCAUGCUCUUCGUUUCGUCUACUACACAGAUUCUUAUCCUUCAUGUUUCUACCAGCAUACACACAUACAUAGAUAAUGCUAGAGGAGGAUAUAAUAUUUUCUUUGAUAUAAAAGAGAAUUACACUUGUAUGUAUUCUUUUCAACUUUGAU